CUGCCAGUUGGAGACCACGGUCCAACUGCAUUCUCGCCUGAAGCCAAAACGACGAGUCAUUUACGUCGGUGUGGCAACCCAGCGACAGCUCAGAAAGAAAAUCCAAUGGUGAAUUUAGCCGUUGUAGAAGAGUCUUGAAUAAAAUCAGCCCAAAUUUAAUCAUUUUUACAUUACAUUGGAGUGCGUCAUGUCGAAAGCUGAGGCCAUUCUGAAGAUCGAGCCUGAAAAUGAGCUACGAUUUCGAGGACCAUUUAAAGAGCCAGUUUCAGUGGUUAUGAAACUGUCCAACAAUGUGGAGAAGAAAGUCUGCUUCAAGGUGAAAACCACUGCUCCCAAACGAUACUGUGUGAAACCGACAACAGGAGUUAUUGACCCAAAGGGAGCUGUCACAAUCCUAGUCACUCUUCAACCAUUUGAUCCAAAUGAUCCAAAUGAAAAAGGAAAGCACAAGUUCCAAGUUUUGUCUGUGCUGGCCCCAGAAGGAGAUUUUAAUAUUGAGACAUUGUGGAAAGAAACUUCGUUGGAAAUCAAUGAUUGGAAACUCAAAUGUGUACUUGAAACACCAGAUGAAGUUGGUACUGCUGCUGCGGCUGCAGCACCUGCAGUAGCUGUGACAAAUUCAGCUUCUGCUCCAGCAAUCCCAGCUACGGCUCCAGUUGCUGCGCCAGUUGUCAAACCUGAAGAUAAAACUUCAAAAGAUGCCUCUAUGCAAAAAGUCAGCAAUUUGGAAGUGGAGCUCCGUAAAGCAUCCGAAGAGAUAAACCGAUUGAGAGAAGAGCUUAGCUCGGCGACGAGAGAAAAUAUCCAAUUAAAAGAAGAGGGAUUACGGCUAAGACGCAGCAAUGUUUCUUCCGGUACAGAUUCAUCAGGCUUCAAGGCAGAGCAGCCUCCUCCUAUGUACCGCCAACCAGGUCAGGAUUCAGUAGCGACAGUAUCGUCUCCCAACGUCCUGUAUAUUGUGGUCGCCCUUUUAUUGGGUAUCAUCAUUGCGAAGCUCUUCUUCUAAGAAAGGAACUAUACCGAGAGGUGGUAUAUUGUUAUUCUUUCUUUACCCAUCGGGAAGGGAAUAGGGCUAAUAUAUCUCUUCAUUUCAAGUCUCCUUCAUGUUUUCUGACGAAAUUAUUCUCCGCCUUUUUUUCAUUGUUUGUUUUUUCAUACAGCGCUCUGCAAAGCAUUCAACCGAGAAAAACUAGCCCAUGAAUUUUUCUUGGUGUAAACUAAGUACAGCGCAACUGCCCACAACCUUACAGCUUCAGUUUGUUAGUUAUUUGAGUUCCCAGUCGCGCAGGAAGCUGUGGGUUUUGCACGUGGCGCCGAGGAAGAUAGCUAGGUAGUUGUUUCCCUCCCAAAAUUUUGAUGGUAGUUCUGUAACAGUUGGCUUAGAGUUUAGUUGUCCCAGUUCACAGCUCCA